CUCACUUCCUGUUGAAGUGAAUGAACGCCACUUUGAUUACGGGAAAGGCUACCACUCAGCAAGGCAAACAGCUCUAAAAUGAAGACUCCCCAGACCUUUGAGGAACAAACUGAGUACAUUGUGGAACACCUGCUCUUUGAAUUCUUGGAUUCACCACCGGUGGCACAAGGCCGCAGCGUCCAUGAUUGUUACCCCCGAGUUGUCUUCCAAUCCCAAGGCGUGUAUAACAACAACGUCCCAGAUUUUGGUGAGCCACACUCUUUUGAUGUGACAAUCAUUGCUGCCCGUCUUAGAAUGCUAGGGGAUCAGUUCAAUGGAGAAAUGGAACAAUCUGCUAACAGAGUCAUCGAAGAAGUUACCAAGGGACAGGUAGUUGAUGUAUUACGGGACACAGUGAAAUCACUCAGUCAGACAUGGUGUGCCCAAGAGCCUAGCCUUGCCUAUGAGAGGGCCUUUCUGGCUGUGUCUGUGAAGCUGCUCCAGGUUGUCUGUCACAAAAUCCCUCAGAGGGCCAGUCAAUUAGCCGGACCCAUGAGGGAUAUGAUCAACGAGAACAUAGGUGUUCGACAGUAUAUCGAAGGGCAGGGUGGUUGGGAGAAUCUGAGACCAGUUCCCAAUUGACCAUUAUCUAAACCUUGACUGGCUGAUUGAACAUCCUCUGGUUAUAAAGAAAGAAAGAGUUCACUUAUUCAACACCUGAAUAUUAGCCAAGUGUAAUUACUCUUCUACAGAUUCCUAUGGGUAUGGAGCAAAUUCCUCACACCCACAGGCAUUUUUCAAUCUCUGUUUUAAUUUAUGAACAGACAAAAAUAGAUCUUCAAGACCGAAAGGAAGUCAUUCUUAAUGGAAGAAUUUCAGGCACUGUGACCCAACUGGUCAGAGAAGCUUUGAGGGAGGGGGAUUCUCAUAUCACACCCCAUAGAUGAAUGGCUAUCUAUAAAAUCAGCCUUGUCCCAUGAUUUGCAUUUGUACACUCUUGCACUAAGUAUGCAUCCAAAAGAAUUUCUGGGAAAUCUAUGGGAUGGUACUUCCCCUAUUUAAAAAAGUAAUUUGGGAUUGGGACUUGUAAUUGCAUUGAUGUGUAGAACUCAAACUGUAACCUCUGCCCUCCAUGUACUCUGUGAUCCAAUAACACUGGUCUCCUUGCUUUUCCUUGAACAAAAUACUGU